AUGUCUCGAGAGGAGUUGACUGAAGUUCAAUCACAACAGACUGCGUCGACAUCAACAACUAAGGAGUCGCGAGAAAAUAUACCCACAAAUACAACUGUCCCCAAAAAGACCGCGUCUUCAACUCAUUCAAGUUUCCAGGGACAACAAUCACAAAACGAACCUAGCUCGACAGCUGAUUCGAGCCAGGAGAUAAAAGCGAAACGUCUGCGUGAGAAAAUGGAUAAAGACAUUUCAAUUCCUAUAAAUGCUUAUCAAGGCGUGUCAGAGAAAGACAUUACUACGACUAAUAGUGUUCCUGGUUCUGAUGACAUCCUAUUGGGUGGCUCAAAGAAUAUCGUUGGUAGCAGUAAUGUUAAUAAUGGUGUUGCUGAAUAUGAUCAAGAAAAUGGGAUUCGGAAGCAGAGUGUCAACGGUAAUUCUCACAGUAUUCCCGCGUCCUCAUCCUCCGCUUCUGCCGCUGGCUCCAAUACGAUCGCCGUCCCGAACAAUACUAACAAUUCCUGUUCUAAUGGUGCCGGGCCAGCUUACGACGAAAUGCCUCAGAUGUAUCAAAAUUUGAAUGCCAACACUCCCUUCAUAACAGUUUCACCACAAUACUUUACUCCUACUUUUUUUUCUAACAAUGGACAAUAUUACUAUGAUCCUCAGUACAGAUUUGGUCGUCCUCCACAAAUACCACCACCGUCUGCUCAGCCUUUUGUCAGAUCGAAUAUAUAUCCUUAUCACCCAAUAUCCGUUAUACCCCCUAUUCAUCCUUUUCAUAACCCUCCUUUAGUCCCACCUCCAUCCAUUCCUGUGAGAUAUUUUAGCCCAACUAGUACUGCGGGUGGUGAUUCUGGUUUUUCUUCCCGAAGAAGCUCUUUGGAUCAGGUCAGAACUCCUGAUUUAGGUCCACAACACACUCCAAGAAUGAAUCAACAGAAGAAACCCAAACAGCUGGAUAAGGCGCUUUGGGUCGGAAAUUUACCGGAUUCUACUACUCAUGAAGAAUUG